AUGAACACUGGCUCAGGUACAAGAGUGGAGAUGGCGUCCGCUACUGAAGCACACGGCCACGACGUGGUGAUCACGUUUGGGGAUUUCUCACUGGAGGAAGCGCAGAAAGCGCUGGAGGAUGACAUGAAGAAUCCGGAGGAACAGGAGGCAGCCAGGACCCAGGAGACCCCCAAGUCGUGGGCUGAGGCGUUAGGAGCCCCCAAGACGCAGACCAAGCCUGCGUGGGGCGGAACUGCCGCCCCAUGGGCCGCUGCGGCUGGUGUCAAUGGAGCUACCGAUGCUGAAGUGGCCAAGGAUCCGACCAAGCCGCUGCCAUUUGAGGAGGCCAUUCAAAACACCUUAAAGCAUCUGGACGUAUCAAGCCCCGCCAAGGAGAUGAAGAAGCGAGGCUUGGUGAACCAGGGCAAUACUUGCUUCCAGAACGUCAUUAUGCAGUCUGUGCUGGCCUGUCCGCCGUUCUUAAAUUUACUGGCUGAAAUUUCGUCGACUUCUCCUCCGACAGCGGAGAUGUUGGCGAGUACGUCGACGUUCAAGGCCUGGCGUCACAUGGUGGCGUUCACACGAGAGUUCGAGGAACCGACUCUGGCACAACUGCAGUUACAGGCUGCCAAUGGCGAGCGUAACCUUAAUGACAUGCACGGCAAGACCCCGCAGGCGAUUCGAAUCAGCGGCUACUUCAUGGACGUGCUGAGUGCUUUCCAGAAGAUGCGAGGUGAACAGGAAGACGCGCUCGAGUUCUUGGAGUUCUUUCUGGAAUACUUACACACUGAGUACGAGAAGAGCGGCCUUGAGCUGCCUAGUUCAUGUGAAAAGCAGACAAAGCGAAGACCUUCCACCGCAGCUAAGCCAGCUGAAGCUGAUGUGGCAUUCGAAAACGCCCAAGCGUUUGACGACGGCUGGGCUGAAGUCGGGAAGAAGGGCAAGAGCAGUGUACUGCGUCAGAACCCUGUGGAUACCAUCCGGUCGCCAAUUAAUUGGCUGUUCAAGGGAGCGCUGCGCUCGGAGCUCAAGCAAAAUGGCAAGAGACAGAGCUCGAUCACUGUGGAACCGUUCCACUGCUUACACUUGAACCUUGACUAUGAGACCCAGGAUCCGUCGUUUGUUACAGGCGUAUACGGCCUGGCCAAGCCUCUUAGCGCUCCCAUAACGAUCCAAGAUAUGAUCAGAAAAUCGUUUGAUGUUGAAGUGAUCGAAGAUGCGAAUCAGAUCCCCACGAUGAAGAAGUUCACGACUGUCGAGUCGCUCCCAGUCGUCUUGACUCUCAGCGUCAAGCGUUUUACUUAUCAUCCGGAGCAAGGACCUGUGAAGCUUCAGCAGUUUGUCAAGUACCCACCGUUCCUGGAAUUCCCGACGCAGUUCAUGUCAACUACAUGUCGUGCGGAGAACGGUAUGGACGUCCCUGGAGCGGCAGCUAUCAGUGGCGCUGGCUUCUCUACGCCUCCGAUGUACGAGCUAUUCGCUGUGGUAUCACAUCUUGGCAAGUUCGUGAUAGGUGGACACUACACGUGUGUAUGUCGGGACAACAAGGACCAAUGGUUCCGCUAUGAUGACGAGCAUGUGACGUCUAUCUCGGAGGCUACAGCUCUCAGUGAAACGGCGUAUCUGCUGCUCUACAUCCGAACAAACAAGCGCCCACCUCCGUCAGCUCCCACACCACCCUCUCCCAAUGCUGCGUUUAUUAAGGCAAAAGGCUCCAGUGGAUUAAAACAGAAGACAACGAACGGCAGUGUGGGGAAAGCUUGGAAGCCACAGACUGCUGCCCCAUCGCCACCUCCAGCUCCUCGACCGAUUCCAGGCAUGUCACCGAAGAAGCAACCAGAGGCGACAAAACCAAAGUCAAAGAAACAAGGGAAGAAGAAGUAG